CAUUGCAGUCCAGGGCACCUGCAGCGGCUCAAGUCCCCGCUGUUGCUGUUGUACAGUGUUUAUUAGGCGGCGCUCACGAGUCACAAUGCGGAGUGGAACCAAUGAGUCUGAUAGUGGAGCCAUUCUGUAUAUAGGAAGUGACGUCAUGGGUAACGGAUCACAUUACAGGAAGUGCCCUGAAUUGUACGCAGUUGACAGAACUGAGCAGAAAAUGGAAGUAGACUAUAAUCCUGUGGAGCUGCCGAUCAACACCGUCUAUGACAGUGAUUCCGAUCUGGAGGGGACAGACGUGAAGGACAUGAGGCUGGAAGCCGAAGCCGUGGUAAAUGACGUCCUGUUCGCCGUCACCAACAUGUUUGUCUCCAAGACUUUACCGUGCGCUGUGGACGUGGCCUACAUCAACGUGGAGAUAAAGGAGGGCGCCAAGUACUGCCUGGAGCUCACCGACGCCGGCCUGAGGGUGGUGGGCUUCGCGUUUGACCAGGUUGAUGAAAGCUGUCGCAGCCAGUACCAUGAGACCAUCUACUCCUUGCUGGACUCUCUCAGUCCUGCCUACCGGGAGGCAUUUGGGAACGCGCUGCUGCGGAGGCUGGAGGAGCUGAAAAGCGAUGGACAGUCCUGAUCAGGGGUCGUGCAGAUACUGAGCCGUUCAUGCAGGAUUUUGAUUUUAUUAUUUUUAAGCCCCUUCUAUCUUUUUAUUCACCUCUGCCCCCCCCCCCCCCAGCAAACAGUAUUUUAACAAA